AUGGAUGGUGCUCUGCGCGUUUCGUUCGAGGCAGGAUUUGCGGACGGAGUAGAGAAGGAGGAUGAGGAUUCAAAUGUAAAAGCGGAUGGUUUAACGGAGGGAAGUAACGGCGGUCUGAGUAACGAGGUUGUGAGGGAAGAAGUUGAAAGCAAAAAGGAGCGCUCAGUUCUACAAGCGAAGCUUACUCGACUUGCGAUUCAGAUUGGAUAUGCGGGGUCGUUUGUUGCCGGCUGCACUGUUCUUAUUCUUGUUACACGAUUCUGCAUCAGCCGUUACAUGAUUGAAGAAAAAGCAUUUAGUCUAGCGGACUUCCAACACUUUAUCAAUUUUCUGAUUAUUGGUGUGACCGUUCUUGUUGUUGCCGUUCCGGAAGGCCUUCCCCUUGCUGUUACUCUUUCUCUUGCGUACUCCGUUAAGAAGAUGAUGCUGGAUAAUAACCUUGUGCGUCAUUUGGAUGCUUGUGAAACGAUGGGCAAUGCAACAAGCAUUUAAGUCCAUUAUAAGGAAACUCCUAAAUUCGAAACGCUGAAUAAAGAAACAAGGGAUUUGUUGGUGCAUUUGAUAUCGAUCAACAGUAGCUAUGCAUCGCAGUCUCUUUGCACCAGUUUUUUCCAUUUUAAUGCGGUUUGCUCUUUAUUGAAAGUCCAUUAUAAGGAAACUCCCAAAUUCGAAACGCUGAAUAAAGAAACAAGGGAUUUGUUGGUACAUUUGAUAUCGAUCAACAGUAGCUAUGCAUCGCAGGAAAAAGUGGCGGGACUCGUUGGAAAAGCUAGCGUCCUGGCGUACAUCAUUGCAGUAGUUGUUUCGAAAACGCUGUUUUAUGAGUAA